GUCAGUCAGUCUUCGGUACCUCGUUGGCCCAAGACAGCCUCGACAACCUCUGAGGGCGUUCCUAUAGUGUCUGCAAGAACUUAAGUGUGUCCCAAGUUUGGAAAGUUUCGUUUAGUCGGUGCAACAUCUGAGGUCAUAUGCCGGAGAUUGACAGAAGGGGAAGGAAUUAUAGGAGAAGAGUGUGUCCCAAAGGCUUUCGAAUUGAUACGGAAUUUCCACGUCGGUAAAUCAGUCUUCUGCCCUGAAUUGCCCAAGACUUAAGCUUCAAAAACCUUCUGACUACGCUCGCAAAGUGUCUUCAAGGACUUAGGGGUUUCCCAGAGGCUUCCCAAGUGAUUCAGAACAUCCACGACUUUUCUUCACAGGUGCAGAGAAUAUUAUCAGACCUCGCUGUCGAAUUCCUAAACCUUAAACACUUCUGAAUGCGAUCCUAAAGUGUUAACAAGAAUCUAAGAGCUUACCCAAGGCUUUACAAGUGGUUCAGAACAUCCACGACUUUUGUUUCCCGGUACAAAGAACAUUAUCAGAAUACACCAAGUAACUUUUUUUCCUUCAUUUUUAACCAUUUUCCUAGCACAAAGAAUAAAAAAAGGACAUUCCUAGUACAUAAAUAAUAGAUUGUCAACAUUCUCCAGUGUCCCAGUCCCUUAGGUGUCCAUUUCCAGCUUCUCCCCAAUACGAAAAAAAAAAAAAAAAUGUCCCCAAUAACAUAAUAAUAUAUUCCCAACAUUCCCCAAAAGAAAGAAAGGAAGGAAAGGAAGAGGAAAAGUUGGAAAGUUUCGUUUAGUCGGCGCAACAUCUGUGGUCAUAUGCCGGAGAGAGACAGAAGGGGAAGGAACUAGAUAAAGCGAAGUGGUAGAAAACUAAGUCAAACGUAGAGAAAAAGAGAGAAGGAAGAAAAGGAAGAGGAAGCAAAGAGGAAAGAAUAAGACUGAAAACCGGGAGAAACGUGAAGAAAACGUAGAGAAAAGGAAAGAAGGGAGAAAGAGGAGGAGGCCGAGAGGAGAUAACAAGACAUAAAAAAGGUCAAAUCGUGAACCAAACGAAGAAAAAGGAAACUAAAAAGGAGGAGUGGAAGAAGAGAACUACUUGAGGAAAAAACGUUGCAGUGAACAAUAACAGAAGAUGAGGAUAAGGAUGCUUCUGGUAACGAUGAUGCUGAUGGUGAUGAUACCGAUGGCGGGGACUCAGGCACACGCAGAGGUUAUCCCGCAGCCACGACUACACGACACAGAGGGUGGACAAAGCGAGAAAAACGACCCUUCCUUCAACCCUUCACGACACUCUAAACGAAGUGUUCUCGACAGCCUUCUGGAACUUGGCCUGAGACACGAGGACGAGCAGACAGAGGACGAGGACGGGGAGGAGGACCAUGCACCCAAGAACAAGGACAAAGGUGGUAAAGACGAGAUAUCCCACAAUGAAAAGAACGAUGAGAAGGAAAAAAAUGGAAUCGAGAACAAGGAUGAGAUCGGUGAGCCAUUUCCUGAAGACGCAGAGGCAAUAAGCAUCAUCGAAGACGGUCUCGGAGUCCUGAAAGAGGUAAGGCCGGCCCUUCACACCCUCCUGACGCAGCUACAAGGGGAUGAGGGCACCGCGGACCUCUCUAACACCAAUUCCACUCCGGCAAAGGACCGCCAGAAACCUCCCUUGGUGGACUUCCUCGAUGGACUCAGAACGAAUGCUUGGGAACACUUCCGGGAUAUGACCGAAGGAUAUCUGAGUCUCCUGGACGCGGAGUAUGCGGCGCAGGGCUUGCAGGAUCGCCUCCCGUUGAGUCUGAUCCGCUCUGUCCUUCAGGCGGGUGACACGGCAAACCUCCUGCGGGUCUUUAGCGGGAAACUCGAUCCUAGCCUCUUGGAGUUCCUCAAGGAGAGAGUUAGACCGAUGAUGUCCUCAGUGUCUGUGGCUGGAAGGAACGUGACCAGCAUUGCGGUCGACUUUGAGGGAAACUAUGUCUCUCAGCUGAUGGGGUUCCUGAAGGAGAAGGUUGGACCGGUGCUGUUCUCCCUGACCGAGGAUGGAAGGAGCAUAACCAGCCUUGGAUCCAUCUUCGGGCUGAACCCUAAGGUCAUGGGGUUCCUAAAGGAGGGAUUGGAACCGCUGCUAUUUUCCCUGACUGAAGCGGGGAGGGAAAUCAGCAGCCUUGGAGACACCUUGAGGAUUUCAGUUAUCCGCAUGGCACGAGCGGCGGUCCACCAUUUCAUCGAACACGUCCUUUGGGUGACGCAACACACCGUGACGAAGGAUGAACUGCUGAAGUACCGCGAUGACCUGCGACUCAAGGUUCCUCUAGCGGCUGCCGGUCUGGAUAUCCUCCUGGGGAACUCCUCCACGACACCAGAAGCAAGAUCCCACGGGGGCUAUGGCGGUGGUGGGUAUGGCGGCUAUGGGAGCUACGAUGGGUAUGGCUACGGGGGUCAUGGUGGGUAUGGUGUUUAUCUUGAUCCUUACUUACUCUUAGCGGGCAUAGGAGCUGCGGCCCUGCUUGCCUACCUCGCCUACAGGGUCUUCAUAGCUACGACGACCAUGGCGGGAGCGGGCCGACGACGAAGGGACGACCAUCUUGACAACACUGAUCUACCGGAGGCUUUGAAGGGUGUAGAAUGGACCCUUAAUAACGACUACUACUUCAGGGGUGACUUUGGGAGGUCGUUGGGGAUUACAGACGACUUGGACGACCUGGCGGAGGCUCUGAAUGCUCUCUGGCGGCAACGACAAGACGACCCGCGCUGUGUGUCGUGUUGGGUCACCCGCUACGCCGCGAGGUCACAGUCUUCCUCACGACCACCCCUCGCCCCUCUGCUGGUGUCAGUGAUGGCACACCUGAUUGGCGCCCCGAGGUCAGGUCAGCUAAUGGACGAGGUCACUGUACAGGCGCUGGAGGGUCGACCCGUGACCUGCCCUCGCCAAGCCUACACGUGUGACCUCCAGUGACCUGACCUCUUGGAUUUUUGUUUCAUGACCUUAUAAAGAAUUAAACCAAGCGACUUAACAAACAAACAAACAAACGCCAAGGACACACAUAUACACCAAAAAACAAAACAAAAAACACACCAUAAAAUAAAACUUGAGAAUCUGACGACAAAAAAUGAGGUACAAAAACAAACAUUGCAGAGAAAAACAACAAAAAAGAUUAGAAUGAAUGAACCACACACACACGCACGCACACACACACACACACACACACACACACACACACACACACACACACACACACACACAGAGACAACAAACUAAAAAUAUUUUGCAUACAUAGAGAAUUAACAGAAUCCUCCCCCCUCUCUCUCUUGCUUUCUCUCUC